GCGAUAUGUAGAUGAGGGGGCGGGGCGCCGCCGGGUGUCUGUCGGUGCCUCCCGCCAGCUGCGGCCAGAGGUGCCGCGCGCAGCCGAGCCCCGGCCCCAGCUGCAGCCGACGGACCGCGCCGGGCCGAACCCGGCCACACCGGGCCGGGCCGAACCCGGCCGGCGGCCGGCAGCCCCCGCAGAGCAUGGCUGAGCCGCCGGCGGCGCCGGGCCCCGAGGGCGAGGAGGGCCCGGUGCGCUUCGCCCGCAAAGGCGCCCUGCGGCAGAAGAACGUCCACGAGGUGAAGAACCACAAGUUCACGGCGCGGUUCUUCAAGCAGCCUACCUUCUGCAGCCACUGCACCGACUUCAUCUGGGGCUUCGGCAAGCAGGGCUUCCAGUGUCAAGUUUGCUGCUUCGUCGUGCACAAGCGGUGCCAUGAGUUCGUUACCUUCUCCUGCCCCGGUGCUGAUAAAGGCCCUGCCUCGGAUGAUCCCCGGAGCAAACACAAAUUUAAAAUCCACACGUACUCCAGCCCCACCUUCUGUGACCACUGCGGGUCGUUGCUGUACGGGCUCAUUCACCAGGGGAUGAAAUGUGACACCUGUAUGAUGAACGUGCACAAGCGCUGCGUGAUGAACGUCCCCAGUCUGUGCGGGACAGACCACACCGAGCGUCGGGGACGGAUAUACAUCAGGGCUGACAUCGAGAAGGAUGUGCUCACCGUCGUAGUAAGAGAUGCUAAAAACCUAGUUCCUAUGGAUCCUAAUGGCUUGUCAGAUCCCUACGUGAAGCUUAAACUAAUCCCUGACCCCAAAAACGAAAGCAAACAGAAGACCAAAACGAUCAAGUGCUCCCUGAAUCCUGAGUGGAACGAGACAUUUAAAUUCCAACUGAAAGAGGCCGACAAAGACAGGCGGUUGUCCGUGGAGAUUUGGGACUGGGAUCUGACCAGCAGGAAUGAUUUCAUGGGCUCCUUGUCCUUCGGGAUUUCCGAGCUGCAGAAGUCGGGAGUCGAUGGAUGGUUUAAGCUGCUGAGCCAGGAGGAGGGGGAGUAUUUCAACGUCCCGGUGCCUCCUGAAGGAGAAGAAGGAAACGAGGAGCUGCGGCAGAAGUUUGAGAGAGCCAAGAUUGGAACAGGGUCCAAGGCUGCGGAUGAGAAGACAACAAAUGCCAUUUCUAAAUUUGACAACAACGGGAGCAGAGAUCGGAUGAAACUUUCGGAUUUCAAUUUCCUGAUGGUGCUGGGAAAAGGGAGCUUUGGGAAGGUGAUGCUGGCGGAGAGGAAGGGCACGGACGAGCUCUACGCCGUUAAGAUCUUGAAGAAGGACGUCGUUAUCCAGGACGAUGACGUCGAGUGCACGAUGGUUGAAAAACGCGUCCUGGCUCUCUCCGGGAAGCCUCCGUUCCUGACCCAGCUCCACUCCUGCUUUCAGACGAUGGAUCGCUUGUAUUUUGUGAUGGAAUACGUGAAUGGUGGGGACUUAAUGUACCAGAUCCAGCAGGUUGGGAGGUUUAAAGAGCCGCAUGCUGUAUUCUACGCGGCAGAAAUAGCCAUCGGCCUCUUCUUCCUGCAGAGCAAAGGCAUCAUUUAUCGGGACCUGAAGCUGGACAACGUGAUGCUGGAUAGCGAGGGGCACAUAAAGAUCGCAGACUUCGGCAUGUGCAAGGAGAACAUCUGGGACGGGGUGACUACCAAGACCUUCUGCGGCACUCCGGACUACAUUGCACCUGAGAUAAUUGCUUAUCAGCCCUAUGGGAAGUCCGUGGAUUGGUGGGCAUUUGGAGUCCUGCUCUAUGAAAUGUUAGCUGGCCAGGCUCCCUUUGAGGGAGAGGAUGAAGACGAGCUCUUCCAGUCCAUCAUGGAGCACAACGUAGCCUACCCCAAGUCCAUGUCCAAGGAGGCAGUGGCGAUCUGCAAAGGGCUGAUGACCAAGCACCCUGCCAAGCGACUGGGAUGCGGCCCAGAAGGUGAGCGGGACAUCAAGGAGCACGCGUUCUUCCGCUACAUCGACUGGGAUAAGCUGGAGCGCAAGGAGAUCCAGCCCCCCUUCAAGCCAAAGGCUUGCGGACGCAAUGCUGAAAACUUCGACCGGUUUUUCACUCGCCAUCCACCCGUCUUAACACCUCCUGACCAGGAAGUCAUCAGGAACAUUGACCAGUCAGAAUUCGAAGGAUUUUCCUUUGUUAACUCUGAGUUUUUUAAACCCGAAGCCAAGAGCUAAGUAGCUGUGUAGAUCUCAUCCCUGCAUCUCUAUCAUCCAGUUGUGGUGACAUUUUCCAUUGCAAAACUUGCAUUCAUGGUUUUUCUUUAGUAUCCUACUACUAGAGUGACCAUAUUUCAAAGCCAGAAGUGUCUUCACAUGAUUUGGGGCAUGCCUGAAGGCUGGGUGAUGUGCAGAAAAGCACAUUUGUAGUGCUUAAUGACAUUUUAUUUGUAGAAAAUGGAAAGUUCAUUGGCUAACAGAGGUCAAAUGGAGAGGCGAGGGCCGUGACAGUUAGGAGAAAUCUCUUCAGCACGUGCUUUGAUUCCUGCUCUCCCCUAGUCUUUUAAUAUAAUCAUGAAAAUGUAAUAUUUAGCUUUCCUAGCCUUAGUGGCAAGCAAGUGAUAUUAUGAAUCCUUUGCCCCGCGCACCCCGCAGCGGGGGUGCUGCCGGCUGAGCCUCUCAGCUCCUCCCAAAACCAAGCUCCGGAGAGCUGAAAUGCCGAUUCUGGCUUUUUUUUUUUGUAGCUCUGUCCCGCUGUUCGUUGAACCCCACCGCAGGACCCUUUGCCGCCGUAGGCUCGUACAUGCAGCUUGGGGCAGCCGUGGUUCUCUGCGCUGGGUCUUCAGCAGCAAUGAUAAAUUACUGGGGAAGCCAGGUCUGCCGUUUGCAAAGAUUUCUCCUGAUUGCGCGGUUUCGAAGGAGCACUUUUUAAAUCAAAAGAAAGCCUAUCCAGUUGUAAACGGGAAAUUUGAAAGAGCUGUUGCAGACGCUUUCAAAUCCAUGGUCACCCUAGUAAACACCACGCAACAUUGGUUCUCAUAGCAAAACUUUUUCUUUUUUUUUUUCUUUUUCAAAUGCCAAAGCGAUUGAGUUUGUUACCUGCGCUUUAAAUGUGUCAAAAAAAUGGUAUUAACACAAAUGGGAUGCUAUUUAACUUUGAACAGUAUUGUGAAUUCUGUUAUGAAGCUUGUAAAGAAACUCGUUUCAACUAUUAGUCCUACUUUUAAAAAAUGCCGCUAGGUAUUUAAAUAGCCGAAGUUUUGUUUCUGGCAUCAAAGAAAAAGUUUCAGGAAGGAUGAAUUUCUCUUGAAACAAUAACAAUCAUGCAGCUUCUUUUUAUACUAUUCUGCAGAUGUUCGUGGGCUGUCACUGUAUCAAUCUGCUUUAAGUUGUAACGUGCCAAUUUUAUUUUUUUUUUUUUCCCCCGAUGCUGAUUAUAAAAUAAAAAGUGAGAAAUAAUGUCAAAGAAACCUGCAUGUGUUUGCCAAUAAUGAGUUUCUACGGUUCUGGGCUCAGAGAUGCCAGGAGCGCUGAGAGUCGGGGCUGGAAUUUGCCCUGGCUCCUUGGGGAUGCCGGCUUGGGGGCACAGCGGGUCCCCAGAGCUGCCCGGGACACCAGCGCAGGCAGCAGCGCAGGCAGCAGCGCAGGCAGCAGCCCACACCAUCCUCCCGCGUGGAGGGGAGCGUCCUCCAGCGCAUCCUCCCGCACCGCCGUCGGAGCUAUGGCACAUUCGUCCUCUGCAGCGUUUGUCCCCAAACCGAGGUGCGACGGACUGGAAGCAUCUUGCAAGCGGAGAGCAAAAUGCCUGCGCGUCCCCUGCACCAGCUCGUGCCGCGCAGCCGGCCACCCUGCUCGCUCGGACGUCAACAGGGAAAGGAGUUUCUGCCCGGUGUCCCUUGGAGGAAGGAUGGUUUGAGGUGUCGGGACAGCCCUCCCGCAGGGCGCUGCCGAGGCGAGCAGAGCUGUGCCGCUUGGGGAUCUCUUUAAAAUGCCUUGAACAGAGAGGACUGCGGUAUGCGCUUCGGAUUUCUGGAGACUGCAGAGGCUGUCGGAGGCAGCGCCGUGUGUCGGUGACUCAUCGCCCUGCCCGGGCGCUCUCGGAGGAGCAGUUGUUAAAAGCAAUUGGCAGUUUCAGCUAAAGAGGGAUUACAGGUUCCUGUUAACCUCCCUUCUCCGGAGCGCACGCAGACUUUCCCGUCUGUCUCUGGAAAUCUGCUUCUGCCGAAUUACUGCGGUUCUGAACGCUGCAGGAUUCUUCUGCAAGGCAUCGAACGGCGGCACCGACGGCUGCAGCUGCUCCCCGGCUUCCUCUGCCGCGGAGAAGGGGCUCGGAGGCGGUGGCCGGGGAGGAUGGCCAUCCUCGUCCUCUCUGGUCCAGGCACAAAUCCUGUUCUGGGCCAGACGUGCCCUGCAGGCCACUGCCCUGGGCAGUGGUAGCCCAGGGUGCCUCUGCCACGCCGUCCCUCCCGUGCUCCUUGUCACCUCCCAGAGUCAAUUAGCCCUUUGCUGGAGGCGUUUUCAGCCUUGAAUUUCCCCUGCCUUCCCCUCUCUCUGUUUACCAGAUCCACGUAGCCGUUCCCUGCCCGCUCCCAGGCUAUUCAUCAUCUUUGACAGAGGCCAAAUUGCUACCAAUUUCAGACAAAAUUCAAGGUAAGGAAUCGGCAAACCGUGCUUUGCUGUGCUCGCGGCCAGGCCCUCCUGGUGCUGCGCUUUCCUGGCCGGCCCCUGGAGGGGUGGGAGGGGGAAGCUGCCGGAGGACGUGGGGCAGGGGGAGCUGGGCUGCCCUGAGCCCCCUCCCGGGCACAUCGCACCUUGGCCAGAGCUUUCUGCUGCCAAAAAGCAGCAGGUUUUGCUCACCUGAGGGCUCCCAGGCUGAGCGCUUGCCCUCUCUGGUGCCAUCAGUAGAGGCCAUUCCAAAGGGCUGGGGACUGCGAUGGCCAUUGGCGCCGGCAGCAAAUGCGGACAUUUCAUUCCUCUUUGCAGCAUCCCACACAUUCCUGCUCGGGAGAAGCUCCUGGCUCAGCAGGACAGUGUUGUCUUGGCACACGUUGGUUGGGGUGGAUGCGGCCUUCAGGAACCAUUUGGUUGGCUCAGCGUCCCUCCGAGAGCGGGGCAGGAGCCUGGUGCCACCGUCAGCUCCUUCCUUCUGCACGUGCUGGGACUGCAAGAGAAGAGCCCCUGUACAACCGCUUUGGAACAGCCUCUUGUCAGCGAAGGGCCGUGCCUCUGCUCUUCUGUAGCUCCACGCCGGUCCCUCUCAUCCCAGGAGGGAUGCUGCCUUCCAUCAAGGUGGGCUUACGCUUGCAUUUCAACCGCUUCACCCUUUGCCUGGCAGAACUCUGCACCUGAAGUUGGCUCCUUCAGCCGGUCUGUUCUUCCCCACUCCUUCUCUGUGCCCCCAUUUCGUCUCUUCUUCCUCCUCUGUGUUGGGGAGGGGAGCCCUGUGGGGACUCUGCCACCUCCCAAGUGUCACUAUCUGAAAGCGAAGACAGAGACCCAGCUCCUGCUUGGGGACAGGCUGGGACCCGCAGGAACCAGCAGGUUGGGACAUCAGUGACACCACCGCUUGACAGGACAGCCGCGUCCUGGCUCUUCUCCUGGCCUUUCUCUCUGUGAUCCUUGAGCUCCAGCCCUGUUUUUCUUCGUCUCCUCUCAGCUGUCCUUGGCUCCCUUUCCCCUCCGGUCUUCCUUCCCCAAGGCUGAAGCUGUCCCAACGGGAUGCCUCCUGCAGCAAGUGGAGUCUCCAAGCGGCUGUGGAGGUCCUGGUCCACUGCUGGCAUCGGGGCUCAUCUCCAGAGGCUCGAUCCGGCUGCAGUUGAGAUGUGGUGCUCCUGGCCUGGCCGGGCUGGCAGGAGGAGGGCAGGGAGGACCUGCCUCUUGGCCGUAUUCUGCCCACGUUCCGGCUCGAGGUGUGAAGGUACUGAUGGCUCUGCCCCAGUGUCCCUGGAUGGUGGCAGCUGGUGAGACAAGAGGUGCUGCAGUGAGGACAUGACACAUCACCCGCCAGGUGCUCCAUCAGUAGAGAUCAGCGGGGAGGACGGCCGCGGCGGGAGGGAGGAGCGGGGCAGGGGUGCAGAUGGGUCCCACGCGGUCCCUCCCACGGCUGGUGGCACGCGUGUGUCAGUGAUGGAGCAGCAGGCGUGAGCACGGCGGGGUCCCCCGCAGUUACCCCUCAGGAAGGUCACCUCCAGCACAGAGUCAGGGCACGGGGGUGGCUGCCAGUAAAACCAGAAAAGCGGUGGGAAGCGCAGUGCUCUGCGAUGAGGCUCGUCCGGCCCCGGGGCCAUGCUGCGGGUCUCCCACCCGCCGCCCCCCGGCAGCAUCCCAGCCCUGUGCGCAGCCUGUGCUGGUGGUUGGAAGCGCUGGGAGCUACUCGCAUUCCAGCUCCUACAUAAAGACACGGAAGAAGAGAUGGGGAAAGUCUUUUGUCCCUGCUCGCUUUGUUACCGCGAUGAAGCAGAACAGGUUCCUGGCCCGCGGGCUGCCCUGCUGCUCACACCGCUGCCGCACGGCGGGGAGCGGGGCAUCCCUCCGCCGGCUUUCUUUACUGAUGAAGGAUCCUGGGUUCUUAUAUUGUGUCUUCAGUACUCCAGUUUCCCAUUCAGCCGAGGCACCAUAACCUCCCGCAGCCAGAAGAUACCUUAAUUGGGCAAUCUCUGAUACACACACAUUUAUAAAAAUGGCCCGAGCGUUCCCACCUGGUGGGCUCUGCGGUGCCAAUAGCAGGUUAGCAGCGCUAAUCGAGACAAUAACUUACUUUGUUUUCUUCUUUUUUUUUUGGGCUGGAUGUAGCUGCACAGUUGCUCUUCUUAUAAAAUUAAAAUGAUAAGGGGUUGCAUACGUGGAAUUUUCAUUCUUUGAGGUUUGUAACUACUGUAUAUUUUCUAUACCCAACCCUGGAGCAAAUCACAUCCUCAAAUCAAUAAAACACUGUGUUGGUCAAUGCCAUAUCAUAGCAUAAUUAAAAAAAAAAAAAAAAGUAAUCAAGCUUUAAGCAAAAGGAGCUCUUACAGCUGAUUGUUUUGUGCAAAUUUUGAAAUUGUAUUGAAUGUUUACUUCCAUUUCGAGGCAUGUUGCUUCCUCCAGGCUCCUUCCUCCCGUGCGUUGUGACUGUGCUUGCAGCGAUGGUUUCGCAUGCUGAGAUACUGCUCUGUUGCUCUCUCCCGCAGCGGCCAGGAGAGGAGGGAUGCUCGGCCCGGGAGCACCACAGCCCUCCCCGUGCUCUCAUCCUGUCUCUUUACUGUCCGGUUGCGUGUUUCAAGGCGUUAAACUCCUGUUCUUGUCUUCUUGCCCACGGUGUGGGGUUGCUUCUCUUGUACAGGGGCUGCCGCAGCCUGGCUGGGGGUGUGCUCCUCGGCAGUGGUGGCUUUAGAAACUGGUGUGGAGAUCUGGAGUGCCGGGGACGAAGCCCGGGGACAGCAGAGCUCCCCUGGGGACAGCAGAGCUCUCCCGGCCACGCGCCCUUGGGUGCAGCCGCCGUUCGCUCGCUCGUGCUCCCCCCUUUAACCGCAUUUAACUCUGUGCUUUCCGUU